GUAACAAUUCGUUUCAUACCCAAAAAUCCCUAAUUUUGCCAUUUCGGUGCAAGUUGAAUUAAAUGGAGGCAGGGCAGCCGAAGUUGAAGAAAUUAGCAAAGCGCGGCAAGAAUUCAUACAUUUGUCAAAUAAAUAAUCUCGAUGAUGGUUGUCUCAUGCUAAUUUUCAGCUUCCUCUGCCCCAUUCCAGAUCGGUAUAACACCGCCCUCGUUUGCCGCAGAUGGCGUUUCCUAGCAUGCCAUCCUCGUCUCUGGUUGCGUGUUGAUAGGUCUGUUAAUGAUCUAUCUGAGCCUGGGGUUUACCCCAAUAUUGAGACGGCUGUCGCUGCAGCAAGGCCUGGAGACACUGUAUUGAUUGCAGCUGGAGGGAUUCACCGAACGUCUAAUAUUCAGAUCAAGAAGCCUAUCUGCCUUAUUGGCGCAGGUGAACUUCCUGAUGAUACAACACUUAUCUGCUCCCGUGGUUCUGAGAGUGCCCUGGAGUUCUUGGCAACAUGCAAGCUGGCUAAUCUGACGGUGAGGGCAGAGCUCGGCUGCUGCCUUCUGCACAGGGGCGGGAGGCUCACUAUUGAUGGCUGCAUUCUCCAAUGCGAGUCGAAUCCCUUGGACCAUCUCUCUCAUGCCAUUGUGACCACUGCAAGCCCUCCUGACGAAGUUCCAGCAGCUCCACUAAAGAAGAAUGGUGAUUGUGUUACUGUAAUGCGAACACGGAUUGAGGGAGGCGCAAAGGCUGUCUUGACAAGCGGAACACUCUCCCUGCAGCAAGUACGCGUCAUAUAUACUCGCACUUCCCUGUAUUUCUGGUUCAGCGUCGAGCAUACUUGAGACCGAACUAAUCUGUGGUCGCGACUGACCUCUUUCUUAAUACUCAUUCGUCCCCCUCCCCCCAAAAAAAGAAGAAAAAGAAACAAAAAAUAUCUUAUGUCUUUGGAGUCUUUGUACUAUAUCUGCAGUGGUGCCAUCUCAAGUAGUUUGUAGUUGUAACUUUAGUAGUUUUCCAGUGUUGUAUACUAGUAUAAAUUUCCAGCCACUUUUUGGUAUGGAAUAUGUAACAAUAGACCUUUUUAAUUUUAUUGCCAACUAAUGUUUCAUUUA